GAUAUGAUCUUGCCUGGACUUCUUCAGAUGAACCAAUUUGUUAGUGCCCCGCAUUAUUAGUUCAUGUGAUCUCAAUAUCAGUUGGGUGUUCCACUGCGUUUCAAACAUGAUUAUGCGCAAUGUUCCCUGUACGGUAUGACUCAAAGCUUCGAUAGCAGAGGACUGUAUCGGGAAGGAAUUUUCUAAGAAGCUACCGGUGAAUGUCCUCUCACAAGCAGCAAGGCCACCCCGCUGCCCCGGGGAUCGGGGGUCUGUGGCCCUUGCAUGGAUCAAUUGAGUACAAGAGUGUGACUGCCCGGUACCAAGAGGAUGGUCCCGACGUGCUCAAGAAUCUCUCUUUGUCCAUCCCGGCAGGCUCCAAAGUCGGAAUCUGCGGUCGAACGAGCAGCGGAAAGAGCACCCUCAUCUCUGCACUGUUCCAGAUGGUCGACCUCAGCUCUAGGCCUAUCUUCAUUGACGGUGUCGACCUCACAGCUCUCAAUCCUGAAUUCGUCCGAUCGCAUCUGAUUGGAAACUCCCAGCACAGUUACAUCAUGCCGGGAGUUUCCGUUCGGGAUAAUUUGACGCUGGGAUGUGUCGACCCAUCGGGUGAUUCUCAACUCAUCGCAGCCCUGCAAAAGGUCAAUCUUUGGGACCUGGUCUCGACACGAGGAGGUCUCUCGGCUUUCUUAGACAACGAGACCUUGUCCGCCGGACAGAGUCAGCUUUUCUCGUGUGCGCGAGCCCUGCUGCAGUCUGGGUCGGUGGUGGUGUUGGACGAGCCAGCCAGCAGCCUCACGGCUGAGACGGCGGAUCUGAUCCAAAGGGUCGUUUUGGAGGAGUUCGAGCAGCGGACGGUGAUUGUUGUUAUGCACCAGAUAGAGAGGCUGCUGGAUUUCGAUGUGGUGGUUGUGAUGAAGGAUGGUCGGGUGGUGGAGAUGGGCCAGCCUCGAGAAUUGCAGAAGGGAGAUGGUCCCUUUCGAACAUUGCUAGACGCGGGUCGAUUGGGUUCAUAAGUGAAGUUUGCCGCUGUUGUGAUGUUGACGUGGAGGCCAAAGUGUCAGCACAGCCUGUUGUUGGUUCUUUUCUUUCUGUUGUUCUUGCCCAGUAUACGGGUCCUGCCUCAUCAUCUUCGGAAUCCGUCCGACCGUCGCGAUUUAUAUAAGUCAAUAGGGCAAUGCAAUUCUUUCCAAUGGAGCUUUAGUGGUAAGAUACGUCAGUAACAACUUAGAGUGGGUUUUUUGGUGGAUUGCUCUGUA